UUCUCUCUAUAAAUGAAUGAACGCUUAUAUAAUAAUUAAAUUAAAUUAAAUUAAAUAAUAAUCCUCUCUAUGAACAGAAUCCAUAAUAAAUAAAUAUAAAUAAACACACAGAAGAAAUUAGAAAAAUAAAAUAGAAAAUGAAAAUGGGUGGCGGAGCAGGCGUUUCCGACGACAAUACCGCGGCCUCCGCCGUCACGGAAUUCAGCCACGCGGUAUGGCGGCGGUACCAGCACAUCCUGGACAAAUCGACGCCGCUGGUGCUGUACCGGUGGAUCUUCCUAGCGGCGAUCGCUUUGAUAUACGCGCUGCGCGUGUACAUAGUGCAGGGUUUCUACAUAAUCACGUACGGGCUGGGAAUCUACAUCCUGCAGCUGCUGAUAGCGUUUCUCUCGCCGCAGGUGGACCCCGAGAUCCAGGAGCUGACCGACGGCCCUGCCCUCCCCACCCGCGGCUCUGAGGAGUUCCGCCCCUUCGUCCGCCGCCUCCCUGAGUUUAAGUUCUGGCAUUCGCUCGCAAAGGCCUUUUGCUUCGCCCUUGUGUUAACAUUCUUCAGUGCCUUUGACGUACCUGUAUUUUGGCCAAUUCUGCUAUUCUAUUGGUUGGUUCUGUUCAUUUCGACAAUGAAGAGGCAAAUAAUGCAUAUGGUUAAAUAUAAAUAUGUCCCUUUCUCAUUCGGGAAGCAGCGUUACAAUGGAAAGAAGGCAGCUCCAAGCGACGAAGCAAACACUUCAAGGCCUUAAAUGUUUCAGGAUUUCAGACAAGUGCCUUUCACCCUAAAUAUCAGAAACCUAAUCUCAUAUGGCAGCUUGUUUCUUCAGCCUUUGUGGGCUUGUGCCGAACGAAGCCAGCAUAGGGCCAGGGGGCCAUGGCCCCCCCACUGCUUAUCGAAAACUUAGUACCAAUAGGAGUUCCUCAUUAAAAUGCCUUCAAUCCUAAAAGAUAAGGGAAAGUAAGACAAGUUAUUAUUGGGAGGCAUUCAAUUUCCCUGUUGAGAGAGGACCACCAUUUAGUGGUACAGUGUUAGUGACCUGGAAUCUUGUUCAUCUUUUGUUUAAAUAAUCUUAAUUUUUUUUAUUUUUUUU